AUGGCACCAAAACAAAAGGCACCCGUCUACGUCCUCGGCGUGGGCAUGACCAAAUUCAUAAAACCCCGUGGCAAAGUAGACUACACUGAACUUGGUUUCGAGGCUGGCAUCAAAGCCAUGCUCGACGCUCAAGUCAACUACGAUGAUAUGGAAGCCGGAAUCGCCUGCUACUGCUACGGCGACAGCACCUGUGGGCAACGAGUCUUCUACCAAUUCGGCAUGACCCAGAUCCCGAUCUAUAACGUCAACAACAACUGCUCGACCGGUUCCACGGGCCUCCAUCUGGGACGAACGAUGAUUGCGGGCGGUAUGGCCGAUGCCGUACUCGUCGUCGGCUUCGAGAAGAUGUUUCCUGGUUCUCUGCAGUCUUUCUUCAACGAUCGGACAAAUCCUACUGGUCCUACUGUGGAUAUGAUGAAAGCUACCCGUGGCAUUACGAACUCACCUGGUGCGGCGCAGAUGUUUGGUAAUGCUGGACGAGAGUAUAUGGAAAAGUAUGGUGCGAAAGCUGAGGAUUUUGCCGAGAUUGCUCGUGUGAACCAUGAGCAUAGUAAGCGGAAUCCUUACUCUCAGUUCCAGCAGGAGUAUACUCUUGACGAGAUUAUGAAGGCUCCUAUGAUUCAUGAGCCGUUGACUAAGCUACAAUGUUGUCCUACUUCCGAUGGUGGUGCGGCGGCGGUAUUGGUUUCGCAGGCUUUCCUUGAUGCUAGGCCGCAUCUCAAGGAGCAGGCUAUCCUCAUUGCUGGUCAGCAGCUGUCGACUGACGGGCCGAGCUUGUACUCCCGAUCGAGCAUUGAGCUUAUGGGCUACGAGAUGAACAAGACUGCGUCGAAGAUUGCACUUGCUGAGGCUGGCGUGAGCAUCGACGAGAUCAAGGUUGUCGAGCUACAUGACUGCUUUAGUGCAAAUGAGAUGAUCGUCAUCGAUGCGUUGGGUCUGAGUGACAAGGGUAAGGCUCAUGAACUGGUGAGGAGAGGAGAUAUUACUUAUGGUGGAAAGAUGGUGAUCAACCCGUCCGGUGGCCUCAUCAGCAAAGGACACCCACUGGGUGCAAGCGGUAUUGCCCAAUGUGCAGAGCUAGUAUGGCACCUCCGAGGCUGGGCCAACAACCGCCUCGUCGAAGGCACAACGGCAGCACUCCAGCACAACCUCGGUCUUGGUGGCGCGGUUGUCGUCACCGUCUACAAACGUGCAGACGGUAAGAAGAGCGCGCCAGUAUCGUCCGAAGAGGUUGGCAAGAGGAAUGGGCUUGGCUAUAACCCAGCUGUGGAGGCUAAGGGCUUCACCAAGGCACAAGUCGACAGGACACGAAGUAAGGAUGCGCGAUCGGAGUGGGCGUUGCAGGACACGCAGACAAAGGUUGAAGCUAGAUUUUGA